GUUUGAACUUGGGCUGCCCCCCGGAGUUUUUCCGGAGCGCGGGUGCUGCCUCCCCGAUCGAAGUACGUCCAGGACAGUUUAUUUCCACGUGACGGGCGCUCUGGCCUAUUAUGCCGGCAGGAGACUCAAAAAUAAGCCUGGGGCUAAUGUCUUACAGCCGCUAGCUGUCUUGGCAACCCUCAGCCGCGGCGCGCCCGUCUUGCCGCGACAGCGCGACCUGCGAGCCGUCUCAUACGCAUUAUUUGCACGCGGCAGCUGCGUGACGCGAGCAGCCUCGCUGGAGGACGCCCAGCCGAAGCCAGAGAUCUAGCUCAACUUACUCAGAGCAGCAAUGACGCGUCCACGACGAAGAAUAACAAUUCUGCUCGCAUGUUGCAGCACGCGAGCGCUGAGGAUAACACGGCGGCAAGCCGGUGCCGCCGCGGCGCUGGGCUUGGCCGGGCCAGCCCGAGCCGUGGAGGAGGUGCGGUCGCCGCGGCCGCUGGCCUACCGCAUCCUCAAGGGCGACCCGCCGCUCAUGCAGCCCUACGAGCAGCGCGCCGCGCCGAAGCUGCUGAAGAGCCUGGCCGACGGCGCCGACGCCGUUUUGUUGGGAGUCAAGCGGAACGACCCGGAGGACUACGCGUUAGCUGCCGAUUUAGCCUCAAAAUUCGCGUCCGCGGCGAAGCGGCCCGUCGCCGUCGGCCUCGACGCGAUGCCGCUCGGGAGUCAACUCAGAGACGCGGCGAGCUGGCCCUCCGUCUCGGACUCCGUCGACUUCCUCCAACCCAUCGCCGAUUUACAGCAAAGGACGCGCUGCGACCUCGUGCCGCUCGGCGUGCAGGCGGAAGUCAUGGGCGCGGUCCAGCGGUCGGGCGGCAUCGCGGCCCUGUCGGAGCAGCAACGGAACGCCUAUGUGGAUGACGUCGGCGCCUUCGUGCGCUACCCGAAGCAGACGGCGGCCUUUGACGUCUGGGCCGAGCGAGUGGUCGCGCGGACGUACAAGAAGCGCUACGAGGGGCUCGAGGGCGCGCCGAAAUACGAGGACUACUUCGCGUCGUCCAUUUUAUACGACGAGGCCGUCGCGUCGCUCGCGGCGCGGUACUGCCGGGCGCACCCCUCCACAUUACUUGUUUGCGUGGUCUCCGACGACCACGUGAAGUUCGGCUGCUCGGCCCAGGGGCGGUUCCAGCGCCUCGAGAAGAAUCCUGACGGAGACGCUGGGUUCUUCCGCGCGCCGUCGAUACUGCUGAACCCCUCCGCGGAGUCGACCGGGAGCCUGUCGCGGAGCCUGCGCCUCGCGCUCGCCGUCGACCCGGCGAAAGCUCGUACGUGCUCGGACUGCGUCUGGUUCUCGCGGAGCCCGCCCCCAUCAUUACUGACGCACAUGAUGAAUCCGGUGGACGGCGCGGCGUUCAAGAUCGACCUCGGGCUGUCGAUGCCGACGGUGUGAUUAAUUUAUGGAAUAGUCUC